AUGCGAGCCGUUCUAUUACAGGUGGAGCCCUCACGAAGUACUCACGACGACAAGCAUUUGGAUAGAACGCAAAGUGACCAAGAGGACGAGCAGUUGCUGAAGGAUGUAUCAAAAGAUCACGCUGGGCAUCCAAAUCCUUACGUAGAUCUCGAUCCGGACAAACUACUGGACGCGUAUGGUUUUGGAAGGUACCAAUUCUUUGGCUACUUUCUCUCGGAAUGCUUGAACUUCUUCUACUCGGCGGCGAUGUACGUGAUGCCGUACGUAGAGCCUAAUCCUAUACUCGGUUGUGUUUACAAGAAUAAAUCUUUACCCGUCGAUGAAAGCUGCCAAAUAACGGCUGAUAGCGAAGGAUCGCCGAGUGGAGUAUGCGGUGUAGCUCCAGGGACAAGUCUUACUAUAAAAGACCCGGAAUACUCUACUUCUCUGAUCACAGAAUUUGAUAUCAGCUGUAGUUCAUUUGUGUGGAAAGAGGCUGGACUAACGGCAUUCACCGUCGGUAUGUUCUCUUCUAUUUCCUUAAAAGUCGAAUCGAGCUCUUUAACUUGCUUUGAAAUUAUGAAAAGACGGUAUGGCUUAGUAUAG